AUGUCUGCCGAUAUUUCUGGUUCAACCGAUUUCCAAAUUAAAUUCCUGGAAAUGGUGGAAAGAGAAAAAUUAACUCCUGAACAAGUAUAUAACAUGGAUGAAACAGGAAUAAACUUUAAAAUGUUACCAGAAACAACUUUUCUUAGCAGUCACGAAAAGUCGGCUCCUGGUUUUAAGAAAAAUAAAGAACGUAUUACAGUAGCGGUAAUAGGACAUUUAAAGAAUAUAAACUUGCCUAUCAAAGCAGUCCUAAUUUUGGACAAUGCACCAACUCAUCCUCAAGACCUGACCUGUCAUACAGCUGACAUAAAAAUAAUUUACCUUCCUCCUAACGUGACCAGCUUAAUACAACCCAUGGACCAAGGGGUGAUUGAAAGCUUAAAAAAACCGUACAGACGUAAACUUGUUUCCGAAAUUUUGCAAUAUUCGGAAAGUGAAGACAAGGGCCUUCUGGAAAUCAUUAAGAAAAUCAACAUUAAGGAUGUGAUCUACAUGUUAGCUAUGGCCUUCCAAGAAAUGCCUUCCGCUACAUUCGUAAAAUCUUGGCGAAAACUUUGGCCAGACAUCGAGAAACUUGUUGCGAAUGCGAAUCCUUCAGGGGGCGAGGAAGUAGAAAACGAAUCCAUUCUUCAAGAUCUUCAAAAGUUAUCGGGUAACGACACAAUGCAGCCAGAAGAUGUAGAGAAUUGGAUAAAAAACUGUGACGAGAAUCUUGAAAAUGAAUUUUUGAAUGACGAUGAAAUCAUAAUAUUAGCUACCAAAGAACCACAGGAAAAUGAUACUGAAACUGAUGACUAUGAAGAGGAGGAAAAAGUUUCUCACGAUGAUGCCAGAAAUGUCAUGGAGGUUGCUUUGAAGUACAUUGAGCAGCAACGGGAGUCAACUGCUUUAGACCUCUUGGAGUUGAACUUGGAAUGGUUUUAA